AUGUUAACAUUCGUUCUUCUAAUUCUUGAUCGUGGCUCUGCGGGUGAGCUAAAGCUGGAACCCGAAGAACCAGAAGAUAUGUGGCAUGCGUACAAUUUGAUUGCCGCUGGUGACAGUCUCCGUGCAUCAACAGUGCGAAAAGUAGUACAAACUACAGAUACAGGAUCAUCGACAACGACAAAGAAACGAAUGAUUUUAACCAUCGAAGUGCAAAGCGUUGGUUAUGAUAGUGCAGCAGCAAGUACAUUGAGAGUAAAGGGACGAACGAUCGAAGAAAACGAAUUCGUUAAAAAAGGUUCCUACCACACACUUGACUUAGAAUUACAUAGUGCCUUUACCUUGAGAAAACAUGAAUGGGAUUCUAUAGCUCUCGAUCGUGUCGAAAUGGCAUGCAAUCCAGUUCACCAAGCUGAUGUUGCCGCUGUUAUUAUGCACGAAGGUUUAGCGAACGUAUGUCUCAUUACUGAACAUUUGACAAUCAAUCGUCAAAAAAUAGAACAUACCAUUCCAAGAAAACGCAAAGGUCUCUGUGCUCAGCAUGACAAAGGAAUGGAGAAAUUCUUCGAUGUCAUCAUUGCUGCAAUCAUUAAACAUAUAGAUUUUUCCAUUGUGAAAGCAGUUAUUAUAGCAAGUCCAGGUUUUAUUAAAGAUCAAUUCUAUCAAUAUAUGUUAGCCAAAGCUACACGCGAUGAUGAAAGACAUUUGCUUGAAAAUCGCAAUAAAUUUAUUCUGUUACAUUCAAGUAAUGGUUUUAAACAUGCAUUAACAGAAGUUUUACAAGAUCCAUUGGUCUUGAAUCGAUUAUCGGAUACGAAAGCGACAGGUGAAAUGAAAUUACUUGAGCAAUUUAUGCAAUUGUUAAAUGAUGAGCCUGAAAAAGCUUAUUAUGGGUUAGAAGUGAUUGAAAAAGCAAAUCAAGCACAGGCUAUUGAACAUUUACUGAUAACUGAUGAACUCUUUCGAAACAUUGAUUUCAAUAAACGACGUCGUUAUGUUCAACUCGUGGAUUCUGUCAAAGAAAAUGGUGGUGAUGUUCGAUUAUUUUCAAGCAUGCAUGCAUCGGGCGAACGAUUAGGUCAAUUGACAGGCAUUGCCGCAAUUCUGCGGUUUCCCAUGCCUGAUCUCGACCUCGCUGAUGAUCAUCAGCAUCACGAAGCGAAUAAUGGAAACAAUCACGAUGAUUUACAACCGAAUCCGAAUCGACCGACGGAUGAUAAUGCUGAUUUUGAUGAUGAUCGAUCCGCGAACACUUAUCGCGCAUUGAAUGCAAAUCGAGCUGAAGCAUCAGCUUGGUGA